GCUCCACCUCCGACACGACAACGACGUCCAUUCGACUCUCUCGCGCCCGAAAUUCACCUCGACCCUUCCGCGAUCACGGAUAUUGAGUCGCGAACAUGACUUCCACAAUCGGCAUCCCGAUCAAGCUCCUCAACGAGGCCACCGGACAUCAAGUCACGGUUGAGAUCGACUCCGGCCAGACUUACCGCGGAAAGCUUGUCGAAGCUGAGGACAACAUGAACUGCCAACUGGAGAACAUUAACGUCACGCAACGCGACGGACGCGUCACACACUUAGAUCGAGUCUACAUUCGAGGUUCGCACGUGCGACUGUUCAUUGUACCGGACAUGCUGCGAAACGCACCCAUGUUCAGAUCGCGGAACACACGAGGACGCGGUGUUGGUUUGGCUAGAGGAAGAGCAACUGUGAAUCGCGCUCGUGGCUCAGGACGAGGCGGCAGAGGGUAGAGGAUGGAGACUCUUGGGAUGUCACGAGAUACGCCAUACUGAAGGAGCGACAUGAAAGGAGGGCGUGGUCGAACUCCGAGGUGUUCUUCCUCAUGCGAGCAGGCCGGGCAGGACGUGCAGAAAGGCGGCGUGGAGGAUAUGCCGCGAGCAGUGCAGAUACUUUGAGGCAAGGCUGGAGGGAGCGUUGGACGCGUUAGAAUUGUGCCGUCCCUCCGCAACAGAUAUGUGAUUCGAUGUGUAGCAUAUCGAAAUCGUGAUGACACUGCCCCUCCACUUUCCG